AUGGAUAUCUCUAAUAAAGCGAAUUCUAUUGAAACCGAAGACAUUAGUAGCGCUUUAGAGAAAGUUAUAAGUCACGUGGGGGAGCUGGGGACGUAUCAAAGAUGGCUGUUCCUUGUGAUGCUGCCCUUUGGAAUGGUGUGGUCUUUUGGUUAUUUUGGUCAGAUGUUUAUAACUGCAACUCCCCAAGAACAUUGGUGCAGGGUGCCAGAAUUAGAUGGAUUGAAUGCCGAUCUUAGGAGGUCUCUAUCAACACCGAAGGAUUCUAACAACGUGUAUGAUAAUUGCAACCGGUUUCUUGCUAAUUAUACGCUUGUUUUGGAAACCUUGCUCCCGCCGGACCCUGGAACUCCGACUGUGCCUUGUGAUAAUGGCUGGGAGUUCUUGUUUGAAGACAUACCAUACUCUACUGUCGUUAAUGAGCGUGAGUGGGUAUGUGAUAGAUCAAACUUGGUGCCGUGGUCUCAAACAAUCGGAUUCUUUGGAUCAAUCGUCGGUGGAAUUUUGUGUGGAACUUUGGCUGAUAGGUAUGGAAGAUUGCCAGUUUUAAUUUUGUCAAAUAUAUUUGCAUUUGUAGGCGGCAUUGGCACUAUGUUUACAAAUGGAUUUUGGGACUUCUCUAUAUGCAGAUUCAUAGUGGGCAUGUCAUGUGACAGCUGUUUCAUAAUGAUAUAUAUUUUGGUUUUAGAAUACGUAGGGACAAAAUAUCGCUCGCUAGUAGCGAAUAUGUCAAUUGCCAUGUACUUCGGUGGUGGAUGUCUCUUGAUGCCAUGGAUUGUUCUCUGGAUCGGUGAUUGGAAGUACUUCGUUCUGGCCACUUCCUUGCCCGCGUUACUGGUCUUGUUAACACCGUUCCUUGUCCCAGAGAGUGCGCGAUGGUUAGUGUCUAAAGGCAGAACUGACGAAGCAGUGAAGGUGCUGAAACGAUUUGAGAGGAUAAACAAGUCUAAGAUACCUGACGAAGUUCUUGAGGAAUUUGUUUCUAUUGCAGGUAAAACCAAGAACGAGGAGGAAAGCGUGUUGACUAUAUUCAAGACUCCGUCGCUGCGUAUUACGGUGAUAUUUUUGAUUAUAACUUUCAUGGGAGUUGCUGUUGUGUUCGACGGCAUCAUACGGCUCUCUGAAAACCUCGGCUUGGACUUUUUCCUGACCUUCACUGUGACGUCAGCUACGGAGAUUCCAUCGAUUCUUAUUCUGGUCCUCUUAUUAGACAGAUUAGGUCGCCGGUACAUGGUAAUGGGUCCCAUGCUCAUUGCCAGUAUAUUAUCACUAAUAGCUGCCUUCGUACCAAGAGGUGUAACAUCAGUCGCUUUAGCUGUAACAGCUCGUUUCUUCAACAACAUGGCGUAUGGUACUGUGAUCCAAUGGACACCAGAACUGCUGCCAACACCGAUGAGAGCCUCUGGAGCAUCCUUCGUCCACAUCAGCGCCUUCGCAGCAGUCACCGUGUCUCCAUUUAUAAUAUACUCUGAUCGUGUAUGGGAGGGUCUCUCUCUAAUCCUGGUGGGUGUGAUAGGCGUGUUAGCUGCUGGUGUGGCACUCCUGGUGCCGGAGACGAAGGGCCGUAGCAUGCCGCAGACUAUGGACAACUGGAAGACGAUCAAUAAUGACACUAUAUUCUCCAGAAAGAAGGAAGUGCAUCCCACAACGGAAGUUAGCUGA